AUGAAUGAGCAAAUCCUUUCUGCCGAAGAAAAUGAAAAUGAGGAGUCCGCCAUUAAAAGGCACAUUAAAAAACUAUCUGAAUCAGAACUCGAAGAACUUUUUAAUUCGCUUUCUGAAGAUAAAAGAAGUUUACUAAAGAAAAUUAUGGAAAAUGAUUAUGAUGACGACAACGAAGGAAAAAACAAACGAGAAAUAACAAAGAAAGCUGGUGCUGUGGAAGAGAACAAUUAUAUAGAGAAUGGACAGUUAGAUUCUAGUAAAAAUCAAGGAGUUAGUUCAUCAAACGUUGAAGAUGUUAAUACUGAAUCAUCAAUGUCUCAUGAAACCACUGAAAACAAGAGGACUAUGAGCACUGCUGAAAUAGGUGAUGUAGUUCCGUCUAAAAAUACUGGUGGUAGUGAAAAAACAGAAAAUAAAGCAGAACUAGUUAAUCAAAAUGAUGUAAAAGAAACAAAACCAGAGAGUAACUUGGACUUAGAUACAAAAAAAUCUGAUACCGAAGUAGAUUUAGUAUCUAAUUCUCAAGCAGUGCCGAAGACUGAAAAUAAACGUUCAGCCAAUGUUAGCGAAUUGGCAAAUAUAUUAAAGACACCUGAUGAAACGAAAGAAUCCGACAGUAAUUUGAAUCCGAAAGAAUGUAAAGGAUCUGAAAAUAGUCAAGAAAUAUUUUCCAAUGAUGGUGAACUAGCAGAAACAAUAAACGAUGAAACUGAACAACAUUCUCCUUAUAAAAACAACUUAAAAAGGGAAGCGUAUGUGGAUGAAUCUUCAAAUUUUUCUGAUUCAUUAAAGUCUUUAGAAGAAUCAUUUCCUAAUUCCAACGCGUAUGACGAAUCAAAUUCGUGUUUGGAAUCUGAUGCGCCAUUAAUAAGAGUUAAAAGGCGAAAUGCUGAAUCAGCCAUGGUAAAAAGGGCGGCAAACGUUAUGGCAGAUUCGAAUGUACCAUAUUUUCCUAAUAAAGGUGAAAAUGAUGAUGAAGACAAUGAAGAAGGCAGUGAAUUUGAUGACGAUGGAUUUUAUGAUCGUACUUCAAAUUAUGCAAAAAAUAAUGUGAAUAAUCUCUUCGACCCUAAUAGUCCAAAAUCAAGUGAUAGCAUUUUAAAACAAAAAUCUGCGCAUUUUUAUGAUAGAAAUAGCAAAUGUGAUACUGACACAAUCAGUCUUGGUUCGGACACUGACAACGUAAUGACUGGCGUGGAAGGUGUUAAUGAGAAUUUAAUGUAUAGCAGCGGAUCUCGUACCAGAAGGGCAUCCGAGGAAUUCGAGAAUAUUAAAAAAUCAUCAGAAGACACAGUAAAUGACGUCGCAAACGAACGCCGCAUUCGAUCUACUCCAUUACAGGACAACGAAGCAAGGACAGUGUCCGAGAACUAUAUGAAUAUCCCAGGCUAUCAAGAAAAUGACGCGUUCGGACCUCUCCCGCGAAACUAUGAAGGUGACUUAGGACGUUACAAAAGGAUUAGACGUGUUAAGCAGACUCCCGUUCUUCAGGAAAACGCUUCC